AUGUGGGAACCUGCGCAAACUGGACGGGCCAACUCUCCCGGGUUGCCACUAGGAGAGCACAGCGAUGUUUUCCCGAUGCGAACAACUGGUUCAGGGAGCAGUACGCCGUGUCGGUCAUCUCCUGCCUCCCAGACACCUGGAUCGUCAAGGUUUGCUGUGGCUUAUCGCUCAUUUAAGCAGUGGGUUGAAGGCCUUCUCGUCUCUGGCCUAAACCCUACAGUCACUCACGUGUCAAAGGCAACUCCAAGAAAAACAACGUCCUCUCCUUCUGGCUGCAUACCGGCAGCAUCCGCUAAGGCGAAGAGAAAUGGCAAGAACGUUACAUCAGAGCCAAGUCAUUCCUGUUGUUCGGUAACGCCACUGAGUCGCAGUCACUCACCAGAGGUAGGGACCCCUCCUAUCGCUCCUCCCGGCUCUCUUUCUGAAAGCUCUCGCCACUAUAGCAACGGGAUAAACUACCAGACAGCACCCGCCAGCCUUUCGCCACGGUGGCCACUAUGUGGGACUCACCCUGCGGAAGGACACCAAGAUUGCAGCGCCGAUCCUUCGCUUCCUCAGGGACCACUGGCAAAUUUUGCACAGGAAGGAAAACAAAGUUUUAAACUUGACCACAUUCCUGAAGAUGCACUUGAGAGUCAGCAUCUAACGGUAACAAACAGCGCGCAUUGUCAUUCUGUUCAGUCUGAAGACAGGGGUUCAAGGGAUGCUACUUCAAGUCAGCAUGCGUCAGUUGCCCCCGAUAAUAGCACAAAUCCGACAGCAGACACAAGGUGCACGCUUGAAGGAACAAACAGUCGGAAUCAGACGAAUACUCUAGGGUUUGCUGGGCUUAAGGUAGGCAACGAAACGUUCCGAAGGCCGAAUGGGACUGAAACGCCUAGAGCAGGCGUACGUGCACCCACUUUGAGGACAAACUUCCUUCAUUACACCUCAUUCCGAGUCCGGUGGGGUGAUGUGAAGACAGAGCCUUCUCCUGAUGCUCAGCUGCCUGCUUCUUCGCUGUGUGAAUCUGCAACUGAAUGCGACAUACCCUGCUCUGCAGAGCCACGCGACUUCCUCCUCCGUCGAGAUGCUCAGGCAGGUGACAGUGAAGCCCCAGCACUUGAAGUUUCAGUAUCUGGCACAGAGGCACCUGGAGGUUUGAGCAGUGGCUACACGAAGACUCACGGACUGCAAGACGCAGAUAGUUUGCUCUGGCGAAUGAAGGACCGGAGCAAAACUAGUGCUGAGAGUCGAACGCAUAUAUCUAGGGAGCAGCCUCGCGAUUCCGUUCGAGCCCUGAGUGCUGCAGAUACGAAAUUUUAUGGACAGGAGAGCUUUGCCCAGGGACCAGAUCCUCACUUUCAGCGCCACCUGGCGCUAGUGUUUAAAGAUCCAGAGAUCGAGUCUGCAUACGGGGAGUUUCUCCGAAAAGCACGCGUGAAGCGCCUUGUUCUUGUUGGAUUGCUAACAAUAUUUUUGAACACAAUGUACGACAUGCCGGAGUGGAUCAUUACAUUCACCGCUCCGAUGUUAAGAUCCAGGGAAGCGACUGGAGACGCUGCCGAGUUGGUUGCAUUCAGCACAGUUUCAAACCAACCUGGCACUGGCGGCCCGGCUAACUUCUUAACAUGGUUCCUGGUUUCACUGGACGUGGUCGAAGUACUCUGCCAAGUAGUGCUUGCAGCAUCAGGAUAUCUUCCCGUUUUAAAGCAUCACACAGAGAGAACCGCUGUGACAAUCAUGCUGGGCACAUCUUUGCUUAGCUCGAUCAGGCCGGCAGCGGUCCUCUUCGAAUCCAACCCACAACGCGCUGAAAAGACUUACAGAGAGACGCUUGUGACUCCCGUCCAAACCAUAAUGACGUCUACAUUCCUUAGGAGCAUUGUAGGAAGCGUGCUGAUUGACUUAGUGUGCCUAGUGAGGAGACGCAAACUAUUCCACUUCCACAAGCUCCUCCUGCUCCUGUUAUUGGCACUUCUGGUGGCAUGUACUGUCGGAGGACUCCAGCUUCAUUUUCCAUAUUCAUUCUUUGUUUUCUCUUGGACAGUUGGGCUUGCAACAGGAGUGGUCAUAGCUUCAUGCUACGCUGGAGCCUAUAUGAGCGAGCUUAUGCACAGAAAAGCAUUUUAUAGCGUGUCGACAAUUUCUGCGAAGCUAGAGAGAAUCCAAGAAGAGAACAAAUCGCAGCGCGCUACCGGGAAGAACAUGCUGGAGCAGCUUGUAGGCUUCCUUGAACAAAUGGGAGCAUCGCUUAGCUCAAUAGAUCCUGGAGGCGUGGAAAAGCCUGUAAGGGAGACACUUUUGCUGGUGUCUGCCCUCCAAGCGAAGUGCUUGGGUGUUCUUACCAGCGGAAGAGACAUGUAUGCAGUCAAUUGGCUUUCACCUGAAGUGCCCCCUGAAACGCAACUCUUAUACAAGAAGUUCAUUGAACCAUACGUGCGCCAAGAUUCAGUAUUUGUGAGGACACAUGAAGCGCAAGUUGUUCCAGCACCGAAUCUGCCACAAGAAAGAUCUAACAGGAACAGUUGCACUCCAACUGCAGCAGCAAGAGCGGCAACUCUUCCCCAGCCACAGCCAUCUCACGGCGAAGCACAAGGACAAGUAGCCGCUGUUUUCCAGCCAUUAACGGUGACCCUAGAAGAAGGUUUCAACUUACCUGAAGUUGAUUCUGCUUGUCUCACGUCGAACUGGAGCAUAGGCUACGCUCGCGGAGAACUUUCGGAUAACGCAGUGAAGUCACUCCCAGAAAAUCCCUUAAAAACACUAUCCAGCAAAAGGGCUCAAGGUCCAGCAUUGAAUAUUCCAAACCCACAAGUAGUAGCUUCUUCCACUGAAAUCGGAGUCAACCGGAAUGGGACAGGCAUACACGGCGGCAACCCAGACCACGAUAGCAUGGGAACCCCCGCCAGCCAUGCGCAGCAGCAUAUCAGGACAGCUGGCGAGACCGAUUGGAGAGCUGAAGCGGAUUGCGAAGUGGAAAUUACCCCGCAACACCGCACCGGAGAAGCUGCUCUUCUUUGGGGAGGGCAUUCAGCGGAAACAGAGUCGGCUAUUGAGGAGGCGCUCAAGAGUCCAAUUGUCAGCGGCACAGCUUGCAACAUAGGGGCCGAAUGGACCAUUGACAUGUUUGCUCUGGACCAACUAACUGACGGAAAUGUGAGACAGUGCCCCACAAAUACGAGCUUUUGA